UGCCUCCCGGAAGUGAUUUCCUCUGGGUUACGGCGCAGGCGCAAGAUAAGCGAGGAGCCGUGCGAGUCGUAGUGUCGCUGUUUGCGGGUCUCCGCGCGGGACCGGGGCGCAGCGGGGUCGCUGAGGCGAGGGUGUCAUGUCAGACAACGAGGACAAUUUUGAUGGCGAUGACUUUGAUGAUGUGGAGGAGGAUGAAGGGCUAGAUGACUUGGAGAAUGCCGAAGAGGAAGGCCAGGAGAAUGUCGAGAUCCUCCCCUCUGGGGAGCGACCGCAGGCCAACCAGAAGCGAAUCACCACACCAUACAUGACCAAGUACGAGCGAGCCCGCGUGCUGGGCACCCGAGCGCUCCAGAUUGCGAUGUGUGCCCCUGUGAUGGUGGAGCUGGAGGGGGAGACAGAUCCUCUGCUCAUUGCCAUGAAGGAACUCAACUUUUUAACAGCGCCCGCUCGGCCUCAGAACCGCCCGGAGAGGAGCCGCCCUGGAUGGACAGAGGGACGAGGGACGAGCAUCUGCCGUCGUGUCCCGGCUGCCCUGCAGUCGCCUCCAACACCCGCUGCUGCCUGCCCGCUGCCUGCCUGCCUGGCAUCUCUCUCUCCCGACAGUAAUACCACAGAGCCUGCAGGAUGGUUGCAAGGAUUAAAUGAGAUGUUCUUGGCACGGAGGAGCCUACUUCUGACAACAGGGAUGCCCUCGUUCCUUGGCUACUUCUCCUACCCACGUCCCCCUACAAGGAGGCGGCGGCUCAGAGAGGAGUGACUCGCCUGAAGCCCUGUGACCAAUGCAUGGUGGACGGAAGUACAUGGAAUGCCAGAGCCAGGCUGGUGACUAGUGCUGGUGGUGGGGACUGGUCAAGGCGGCCGCCAGGGAAGGGAUGUGAGGACACGGUCUAGACUGAUGGACCAGAUGGCGGGGGCAGGCACAGGGGGAGGGAGGUUUCAAGGACACCCCUCAGUUUCUGGCCCAGGUGACCAGGGGGAAGGUCAUUCCAUCUCCUGAGUGAGGGACACAGCAGGACAGACAGGCUUGGGGAGGGACUGUUGGGAUGUCUGGAGUCUAGGAGAGGACCCAGGCGGGGGAUGGAGGGGAGGGCGGAAUGAGCUCAUGGGGCAAGUGGAAGGCUGGUGGGCGGUGGAAGAGCUCCAGCCCCCAGACACCUAGCCAAGGUCAAGUAAUAACGACAGUAGACGUUACAUAGCCUUGACUCUGUACAGACCUCAUCCUGCAUCCUUACGUUAACUCAUGGAACCCUCCCAACCAUUAUCAAAUUGGAGGUACCAUUAUCACCCCCAUUUUAUAGUUGGGGAGACUGAGGCAAGAGACAUUAAGUCUGCAAUAUUGGAAUAGGCAAAUCUGUAGAGAAAGGAAUGUGGGUGAGUGGUGGGCUGGGGCUGGGGGCUGGGAAGGAUCACGGCUAACAGGCACAGGCUUUCUUUUUUGGGUGAUGAAAAUAUUCUAAAAUGACUGUGAAAAUAUUGCACAACUCUGUGAAUAUGCGAAAACCACUGAAUUGUAUGCUCUAACUGUAUGAAUUGUAUGGUAUUUGAAUUUCACCUCAAUAAAGCUGUUAUCAAAAAGCAA